AUGGGGGCGCUGAGGGCGCUGAGAGCGCGGAGGGCGCGGAGGCGCGCUCGAGCGAGCGCGCUGAGGGCGCGGGAGGGCGGUGAGGGCGCUGUGAGGCGGCGCGGAGGGCGCGGAGGCGCGGAGAACGCGGAGCGCGCUGAGGGCGCUGAGGGCGCUGAGGGCGCGGAGGGCGCGGAGGGCGCGGAGGGCGCGGAGCGCGCUGGCGCUGAGGGCGCUGAGGGCGCUGCUGAGGCGCGGAGCGAGCGCACUGAGGGCGCGGAGGGCGCUGACUGCGCUGAGAGCACUGAGGGCGCGGAGGGCGCUGCGCGGAGCGAGCGCGCUGAGGUCGGAGGGCGUGGAGAGCGCGCGGAGGGCGCUGAGGGCGCGGAGCGCGCUGGCGCUGAGGGCGUGGAGGGCGCGGAGAGCGCGGAGCACACAAUGAGGGCGCUGAAGGCGCGGAGGGCGCGGAGAGCGCGGAGGGCGGCGCGGAGCGAGCUCGCUGAGGGCGCGGAGGGCGCGGAGGGCGCGGAGGGCGCUGAGGGCGCGGAGAGCGCUGAGGGCGAGGAGGGCGCUGAGGGCGCGGAGGGCGCGGGGAGCGCUGAGGGCGCUGAGGGCGCUGAGGGAGCGGAGCGAGCGCGCUGA